AUGCUUGGAAAAUGUAAACAACCUGAGAAAGGUCAUUCCUUAUUUCUGGCUAUGAUUGACGAAGGCUGCAGUGUGAACCAUGAAGCAUACACUGCUCUUUUGUCUGCCUACAGUCGAAGUUGUCUUUUCAACAAAGCAUUUUCUAUCCUUGAACAAAUGAAGAACAGUCAUGACUGUCGACCUGAUGUCUUCACAUACUCAAUCCUCGUAAAGUCUUGCCUGGAGGUUUAUGACUUUGACAGAGUGCGUGAUUUGCUUUCUGACAUGGCAGUUCAGGGAAUCAAGCUCAACACAAUCGUAUACAAUACUCUCAUCGAUGCCUAUGGAAAAGCAAAGAGGUUCACAGAGAUGGAAUCCACUCUUGUUCAAAUGCUUCGGCUGCGAGAAUGUGAACCCGAUGCUUGGACAAUGAACUCUACCUCGCGAGCUUUUGGUGGCAGCGGGCAGAUAGAUAUGAUGGAAAAGUGCUAUGAGAAAUUUCAGAGUGCUGGGAUUGAACCAAACAUCAAGACAUUCAACAUACUCUUGGAUUCCUAUGGGAAAACUGGAAAUUAUGAGAAAAUGAGUGCUGUGAUGCAAUAUAUGCAGAAAUAUCACUUCUUGUGGACACUGGUAACUUACAAUAUAGUCAUAGACGCGUUUGGGAAUGCUGGGAAAAUCGAAAAAAUUCAAGCUGUUCUUCGAUACAUCGAUAAUUCAGAUGUUAUGCUUGACACUGUGUUUUUCAACUGCUUAGUGGAUGCUUAUGGGAUGAUGGGAUGCUAUGCUAAGACGAAAGGGGUGCUUGAGAUGAUGGAGAGAGGAGGAUGCAAGCCUGAUAAGAUUACUUAUAGAAUCAUGCUAAAAGCUUAUUCAAUAGGUGGAAUGACCAGCAUUGCCAAGGAGUUCCAGAAUAGACUUGCUUCACUAUAA